CGGGGGUGACUGUGGGGGAGGGGGUCCCCCGAGCCGCGGAGACCCUCGGGAAGGGGUGGGGGGAGGCGGCCGACCCCCGCCGCCCGCUUCCCGGAGGAGGAGGGCUUGGGGGCGGAUCCAGCCCUCCCACCCCCUCCGGAGCCGGAGGGGUGGGGGGAAAUGGAGGCUCGGGGCGGCUGAGGCGAGCUCCGGGGCGGGGGGCCGGGGCGGGGAAGGGGGGGUUGUGGGGUGGGGAGACGAGGCGGGCCCGGCCGGGCCGGUGGUGGGGGGGCCGAAGCGAGCUCCGGGGAUGAGCUCGGGGGCGGCUGGGUGCGAGCUCCUGCCUGUGAGGCGAAGGCGGCGGCGGCUGCAGCAGAGGCGGCGGCGAGGCCCCCAUGGGCCGGCGACGGGCCUCCGCCGCGGCCUCCCCUUCAGCGCACGCCGGCGGGAUGGCGCCCGGGCCCCGGCGGAGCCGCUCUAGCCGAGGCCGCCGGCCGCGCUGCUGAGCCGAGCCCGCCAAACUCCCCUCCCCCCCGCCGUCCUCGACCCCCCGCUCCGCGCCCCCUCCCCGCCCCCUCCUCCGUCGCGGUGCCCGGCGCCGCUCCGGACCACUAUGACCAUGAGAUCCGCAGUGUUCAAGGCGGCCGCGGCCCCUGCCGGCGGCAACCCUGAGCAGCGACUGGACUACGAGCGGGCGGCGGCGCUGGGCGGGCCCGAGGACGAGCCCGGGGCGGCCGAAGCCCACUUCCUCCCCCGGCACCGUAAGCUCAAGGAGCCGGGGCCCCCGCUGGCCUCGUCCCAGGGCGGGAGCCCCGCGCCCGCCCCGGCCGGCUGCGGCGCCAAAGGCCGGGGCUUGCUCCUGCCGGCCGGGGCGGCCCCCGGGCAGCAGGAAGAAAGCUGGGGGGGCUCGGUGCCCUUGCCCUGCCCGCCCCCCGCCACCAAGCAGGCCGGCGUGGGGGGAGAGCCCGCGGCCGCCGGCGCCGGCUGCAGCCCCCGGCCCAAGUAUCAGGCGGUGCUGCCCAUUCAGACGGGUUCGCUCGUGGCGGCGGCCAAAGAGCCGACGCCCUGGGUGGGGGACAAGGGUGGGGCGGCUCCCCCAGCGGCCACCGCCUCGGACCCGACGGGACCCCCCCCACUACCUCUGCCCGGGCCGCCCCCCCUCGCGCCCACCGCCACCGCCGGCAGCCUGGCUGGCAGCGAGGGCCGAUGGAAGAGUAUGAGGAAGAGCCCGCUCGGGGGCGGCGGCGGCUCGGGGGCCUCCAGCCAGGCCGCCUGCCUCAAACAGAUCCUCCUGCUGCAACUGGACCUCAUCGAGCAGCAGCAGCAGCAACUGCAGGCCAAGGAGAAGGAGAUCGAGGAGCUGAAGUCGGAGCGGGACACGCUUGUUGCUCGGAUUGAACGUAUGGAAAGGCGGAUGCAGCUGGUAAAGAAGGAUAACGAGAAGGAAAGGCACAAGCUGUUUCAGGGCUAUGAAACUGAAGAGAGAGAGGAUACGGAGCUAUCUGAGAAAAUUAAACUGGAGUGCCAGCAGGAGCUUGAGACCUCCCAGACUCUGCCUCCCAAGCCUUUCUCAUGUGGGCGGAGUGGAAAGGGACACAAAAGGAAAUCGUCAUUUGGAAGUACAGAAAGAAAGAUUCCUGUAAAAAAGCUGGCUCCUGAAUUUUCAAAAGUCAAAACAAAAACUCCUAAGCACUCUCCUGUUAAAGAGGAACCCUGUGGUUCCUUAUCUGAAACUGUUUGUAAACGUGAAUUGAGGAGCCAAGAAACUCCAGAAAAGCCCCGCUCUUCAGUGGAUACCCCACCAAGACUCUCCACUCCCCAGAAGGGACCCAGCACCCAUCCGAAGGAGAAAGCCUCAAGUGAGAUAGAAGAUUUGCCGUACCUUUCCACCACAGAAAUGUAUUUGUGUCGUUGGCACCAGCCUCCCCCAUCACCGUUACCAUUACGGGAAUCCUCUCCAAAGAAGGAGGAGACUGUAGCAAGGUGUCUGAUGCCAUCAAGUGUUGCAGGAGAAACUUCAGUCUUGGCUGUUCCUUCUUGGAGGGACCACUCAGUAGAGCCUCUAAGGGACCCAAAUCCUUCAGAUCUUUUGGAGAACCUGGAUGAUAGUGUGUUUUCGAAGCGGCAUGCAAAACUGGAGCUGGACGAGAAGAGAAGGAAAAGAUGGGAUAUUCAGAGGAUCAGGGAACAAAGAAUUUUACAGCGACUGCAGCUCAGAAUGUAUAAAAAGAAAGGAAUUCAGGAAUCUGAGCCUGAGGUUACCUCAUUUUUCCCUGAGCCGGAUGAUGUUGAAAGUUUGAUGAUUACCCCCUUCUUGCCUGUUGUAGCAUUUGGACGACCAUUACCAAAAUUAACUCCACAGAAUUUUGAAUUGCCCUGGUUGGAUGAACGUAGCCGAUGCAGGUUGGAGAUCCAGAAAAAGCAGACACCUCACCGGACGUGUAGGAAAUAGCUGUGCUGGCAAGAACCGUCUGUCUUCAGAUAGUUGUAGCUUGCCAUUCCCAGAGGGUGGCAGAGACCUGUAUAUGUGACCUAUGUCCUCAUGUAUGUUACUGUUCGCUGAUAAUGCCCUUCCAUAUGCUCUGAUCUUGGUUUUGUUUGCAUCACUCUGAUUUCACAAAAAACUCUUUUAAUGGGCUAUUUGUGAAUGAUAGAGGGUGAUUGGGAUUUCUUUUUCUUUUUUGGGGAAAUGUGCUCCCAAACGAUGGCAGAUUUGGAAGCAUCAGGGUUCUGCUUCUGUACAUUUGCCUUUGUUAAAGGGGUCAAAGGGCUCUCUUCAUUCAGCCUUGUGGAAGAUGAAGCAGCCCCCACCAUUAGAGCCGUGCCUGCUUGGCACUCUUCUCACCCUGGUAUAUCCUUCCUUAUGGUUUUCAGUAUAAUGGUUUUUACCCUAAAACAAAACAAAAAAACCUCACCAAAAACUUAAGGACCAGCUGAGGAAUAACGAGUGAAAUGAUGAAACAAGUCAUCUUCACAGGGUAGAAAAGAGAUUGGAGAGUUAUGUAUGAAAAAAGUUUUCCCUUAAAGAUUAUUCUGUGACAUAGCCAUGUGGAAAGGGUUGCUUGGCUAUCCUUAUUUUCUUAGUUAAUGGAUAACUGAAUUUCUUUCCCACUCCUCAAAAAAUAAAAUUGUUAUAAAAGAGAAUGGAGAUAGUUUGGCUCUAAAUGAAAGCAGUUGGCCUUUGGGGAUGGCAUGCCAGACCUGUAUAGAUGUCAUUGUGUCACAUCACUUUUCAAGUAUUCCUUAGUCAGGCUUUAUCCUUUGAGCUGAGCUCUUGGUGGAGGGAUAGAGAUUUAGGAGGGUGGGGGGAGGGGUGUAUGUGGAAAUAAAUCCUUCCUUUGGCUGGCAAAUGUCUACAUCUUCAAACAAACAGAUGUACUUAAUGAGCUUCUCCAUUCACUUUGUAAACAUAGAUUUGUAUGUAUAACAUCUUGGUCUCCCUUUUCUCCCCCAUUUUCUUUAAAAAUUUUCAGGACAGCACUCCAGGCCACUUUGGUCUCAGUGUAAGAUCCCUUAACUAUCUGGAAGGAAAACAGAGCCAAGACCUCUGGUCUUAAAUAUAUAGGAAUUGCCUUUCUUUAGUCUUCAGGACUAUUGUGUGAAAACAAGUAGGGGCUUAAUCUCCUAGAAGGUAGGGGCUUUUAUCCUUGAAGAGAGUAUGUCCCCAGUUAUUAGCACUUUUAGAGGAGAAGCCAAGGUAUGUAGGGUGUGUGGCCGGCCCAUCCAUGGAGCCUGAGAGAACGGGAUACCAUUGUGGGAAGAAAAGGAAUGUUCUUCAGGGGCCUUCCACUGCUGAAGUUUUUUGUGGAUGUUGAUCUAUGCUCCCUGGGUUUGACUUUGAAAGGAAUUAUUCUGGCAGCACAUGUAGUAUACUUGGAUAAUCUUGCUGCUCUUAUUUCUGUGUGCGUGCGUGCGUGCGUGCGUGCGUGUGCGUGCGUGCGUGUGUGUGUGUGUGUGUGUGUGUGUGUGUGUGUGUGUGUGUGGCCAUGGGUUUUCAUUUGUAACUCCAUCUGCUUAGGAGAGUGGGCUCUUGGCAAGGGAACCUGCAGUGACUUCACUGCAGUAAGGAUGUAGAAAGAAUAGGAUUUACUCCACUAGGGGCUCUCAUCUCACACCUUAAGGAAAGGAAGGAGAUUUUUAGAAAAUCUGGGCCAAAUUUUCUUUGUUCUUUAUCUUAAUUUGGCAAGCUAUUUGGCUUUUCUACCCUGACCUGUGUAAUAUUCCUUUACCACUUGCCCAAGAAGAAAAAGAUCAAUCAAUAUCUUUUUACUUUGUUCCUUGAUUCCUCUCAGUUCCUUGAUUUUUUUUUUUUUCAGCAUUUGUUGGAUUCCUAAUCUGGAUAUGGGCUAGAAAAUUUAACUUUUGUGCUUGUGCCCUACCCAGGGAACUCCUCAGAUUCUGAACUUGAGCUCCACUAAGAGGAAUACAUGAGGUGCUAUCUGGCCAGACAUAAAUGGAUCCUAUUUUCUUGGUCCUCCCUCUACAUAGGACCUCUUAUUUUUUGCCCUUCUUCUAGAUCAGUUCUCCUUUGAUUUGGGUAUGUUGAGGUUUGUUGAAAAGGAGCAUGGAGAGCAGAUGAGCUGAGCUUCAAGAGGGAGAUCACAGUUUGUUAAAGUGUUGGGGAGAAGUCAGUCUAAGUUUUUCCCCACAUAGGAUACACACUGUGAAAGUCUGUCAUCAAUGGAAGGCCCUGCAAUUCUCCGAAAACAUAGUUCUUUGUUUCUUUCUUUAACAAAGUUUAAGCUAGUGUUAAUAAAUUAAAAAGAGAAGUUGCUUGUCUGUCACUUCAGCUUUGUUUCAUGCCCAUUUCAUAUUGUUGUCUGUGUCGUAAUUCAUACUUUUGAUACCAUUUCUGAUGUGUAAAAUUGGUUGUCUUGUAAAUAUCUUAUAAAGAGUUCAAUUGUAAAUAAACUAUUGUGGCUGUUAAUUUUUGAA